UUUAGUUCGUUUAGUUUCGGCGUGAGGUUCUACACCGAAUUGAGGUUAAUUCUAGAAAAUUCCUCAUACCUCCGUUAAUAAUCAACAAAAUGUCGAGUUUUUCACGUUUCCAACGUUUGCUACGCUUAGGCCGAACUCUUACUCUCAGCCAAACCAACAGAAGAGUCUUAAAUCAAAAUGUCUUGAAACAUGCGUCUCCGCAAGCCAAUUUAAUAGCAAGAUUAUUCAGUGCUAAUGCAGAACCCAAUCCUGAACAUCAUUCGAUCAUUAAAGAUACUGAAAAAACAAUUGGCUCUUCAUCAACUCAUGAAUUUCAAGCUGAAACGCGAAUGUUAUUGGACAUCGUCGCGCAAUCGUUAUACUCAGAAAAAGAGGUUUUCGUACGCGAAUUAAUCUCAAACGCAAGCGAUGCAUUGGAGAAAUUUCGAUAUUUAAGCCUAUCUGGGACUGUCGAAGGUUUACAAGAUACUGAUCGAAAAUUAGAAAUUCAUAUUUCUACAAAUAAACAAGAACGAAUAUUAACGAUUCAAGAUACUGGUAUAGGAAUGACCAAAGAGGAAAUGUUAUCAAAUUUAGGUGUAAUUGCUCGAUCUGGAUCUAAACAGUUUAUUGAAGGUUUAAAAAAGAAAUCAGCUACAGGAGAAAACACCCAAAAAAUUAUUGGGCAAUUUGGGGUUGGAUUUUACAGCGCGUUUAUGGUUGCUGAUAAAGUAGAGGUUUAUUCAAAAUCGGCGAUUAGUACGCAAGGUUAUAAAUGGUCAUCUAAAGGUGCUGGGACUUAUAAUAUUCAAGAAGCUGAAGGUGUUCAACCAGGAACAAAAAUAAUGAUUUAUUUAAAACCUGAUUGUCGCGAAUUCGCCGAUAACGAUACGAUUAAAAAUAUCAUUCAAAAAUACAGUAAUUUCGUGGGAAGUCCGAUUUAUUUAAACGGCACAAAAGAAAAUAUCGUACAACCUUUAUGGUUAAUGGACCCAAAAUCAGUUACCCCACAACAACACGGAGAAUUUUAUAGAUUUAUUAGCAACAGUUUUGAUUUACCGAGAUAUACUUUACAUUAUAACGCCGAUGUUCCUAUUUCAAUUCAUGCUUUGUUAUAUUUUCCGGAGGGAAAACCAGGUUUAUUUGAAAUGUCGAGAGAAACCGAAACCGGCGUAGCUUUAUAUUCGAAAAAAAUCUUAAUUAGAAACCGUACAGAUAACAUCCUUCCAAAAUGGUUAAGAUUCGUGAAAGGCGUUGUUGAUUCGGAAGACAUUCCAUUAAAUUUAAGCCGAGAAUUAUUACAAAAUAGUCCUUUAAUCCGCAAAUUAACGACCGUUUUAAAAACACGUGUAUUAAGAUUUUUGCUCGACCAAUCGAAGAAGAAACCCGAAGAAUACGAGAAAUUUUACGCCGAUUACGGUUUAUUUUUGAAAGAGGGGAUAAUUGUUAAUCACGAUCAACAAGAAAAAGAGGAAAUCGCUAAAUUAUUACGAUUUGAAUCGUCGCAUAUGCAAGGCGGGGUAAAAGUUGGCUUACAAGAUUAUAUUUCAAGAAUUAAAGAUGGUGGAAAAUUAAUUUUUUAUUUAGCAGCACCUAGUCGAGUUUUGGCUGAAUCAUCGCCUUACUACGAAUCUCUAAAAUCGCGCAACCAAGAAGUUUUAUUCUGUUAUGAACCUUACGAUGAAUUGGUGUUAAUGACACUUCAACAAUUUAAUGGUUAUAAAGUAGUUUCUGCAGAAAAAGAUAUGCGCGAUGAUAAAAAAGCGGCGGAUUUAACGAAUUUAGGCGCUGAUAGUUUGAAGCGGAGUGAAAUUGAUAGUCUAACGAAAUGGAUAAAAGCUCAGUUGAACGGAAGAGCAAGUAGUGUUAGCGCUACUAAUAGGCUUGAAAAUCACCCUUGUGUAGUCACCGUUGAAGAAAUGGCAGCUGCGAGACAUUUUAUUAGAACGCAAAGUCAUCAAGUACCGGAAGAUAAACGCUAUGCUUUGUUGCAACCUCAAUUUGAGAUUAAUCCAAAGCACCCAAUCAUUAAAAAAUUACAUAAAUUAUCGCAAUCUGAUAUAGAAUUAGCCAGUUUAUUAGCAAAACAGUUAUUUGCAAACGCAAUGGUUGGUGCAGGACUUGUUGAUGAUCCAAGAUUGAUUCUAACCUCAAUGAAUGAACUCUUAACGAAAUGUUUAGAGAAAUAUUAAUUUGCUUAAAAUUUAUAGUUUUUUUUUUCUAAGUGAUGUUUUUGUAUAUAUAGUUUUUUGAAAA